AACCUAACAAUACUGAUACAUAUUUAAUCUAUACAUCUAAUAAAAUUAUAAAAUCUUAUUUUUUUGUCAAAUUUCUGUAAUAGACAAGCCACAAAAAUAACUUUUGCUUAUUCCCCCAUAUACCCGUCCCUCAAAAACCUAGUUUUGUUACCAGGCGAUUGUGCUUGGUAACCAUACAAAACACAAAAUGGCGGCGUGAGAAGUUGUGAAAAGAAGACUCCAUCUUUUCUUUCGUCUUCCACGAUAUAUAGUCUUUGAGUGGUGCCAAAGUAAAACCAUCAUGUCUUUGCAAGGAAAGAAACUACAGACAAAGUCAAAGAACGAGUCCAAAGAAAAAACGGCUGAAAAAGUAAAAGCAAUUCGCGAAAAACAAAGCUUGUGGAUGAAAGAGCGAGAAGCCUCAAAGUCUUCUCCAUCGAAACUCAAGUCUCUAAGCAAAGAGCACGCUGCACUGCCUGACGUGCCAAAAUUUCGAACACGUUCAAGUUUGUCUAGUGGUUCGUCUGUGGAAAAUUCUACAAACAGAAAUCCCUACAGCAAUCCGCGAAGAAAACCGUUGUAUCCCGAGCCCCAACGAGACCAUUCAGAUGUUAUUUCUUGGAUUUCCAAGGGUGAUAAUCCUGUUCCUAGGAAGCAGAGACCGCCUUCGACGUCUAGCAAUCAUAAGAAGCCAAGCUCAUCUAGCAUUGUAGGGACAAGUAGUGACCAUAACAUGAAGUAUACACCGUCUAAUUAUGGAAACUCAAUUUCUGCCGGGUCUCUAAAUAGUCCACCUCUUACCUCGAGUAAGCAGACUCUUCAUAAUAAGCUUAGGCCAUCAUCACGAACAUCUGUCAAACCUGAUAGAAGUUUCCAUGGUGAUGAUAAACAUGAUAAUUGGCUUCAUGGUUAUGAUGGUGAUGAGUUUUCAGGAGGAGGCAAUCAGGGUCCUGAAAACACAUAUGAUCCUCUAAAUGAAAGCCAGGCUAAUAUUCAAAACAACGAUUCUUUUAAAAGUGACACUUUGAAGUUGAACACACCAGAGUUAUCUACUGAUAUGCUCAAUGCUUUGGCAGAUACAGUUGCUGAAAGGCUCAAAACAACAUUGCAACCGACUCUUAAUCAUAAACAACAGCGAAAGAGUAUUCAAGAAGACAGUGAAUCAGGUAUUGCUAGUCACUCAUGCCCUCUUUGUGAAAAACUGAUGACCGGGCCCAGACACACACCCAUGGCCGCUAUACCAUGUGGACACACAUACUGCCAGACAUGCUUGCAGGACUGCAAGAAAUGCCCAACUUGUCAGACAGUUGUGAAGUCAACUGCAGUUAAUACUGUAAUGCAACAAAUAAUCACAGACUUCAAAGUUCACAAAGAGAAAGAGAGACUUCAAAAGCUUGAAGAGCAAACAAGACAAUAUGUGGAGGAGUAUCAAUCACUUGCACUGAGAUGUAACACACUGAAUGGAGAGGCUGAAAGUGUUCUUAACACCAUGGAGGAAGUCACUGAACAGCUUCUGGACGAAAAAAAAUUGAUGAAAAAACUGCAGAUGGAUGAAGAUGAGCUCAAACAAAAGAUAAAUCGCCUGCAAACUGAACUUGAUAGUAUCAAGGUGAAGCAAGAAAAUUGUCAGGGACGAUGCCAUGACUUGGAGCACCAAUACAACGAGGAGAAGGAAAGACUAUCUAUGAUAGAAGAUACAGUGCAAAGAAUUGGAAAGAGCAAAGAACGGGUUAAGAUGAUGGUGCAUAAUUUCGCUCCAGCAUUAGACCUUGAUGAUUACGAUUAACCUUCUUUGUCUCAAUAUCGAGAUUGUAAUCCUUCUCACAGAACUCCAUACUAUUCUUACAAGGCUGGUUGGGAGAAUUUGGAAGAUUGUCUUAAGUAAUCAGUAUUAAAAUAAUUUUAUAGUUAAUUCGUUUACUCCCAUGAUCAGUUUGCAUGUGCUUCAUUUUGGGCAAUAACACUGUAAUAAGUUACAUUUUAGGUGUUUUAAUCUACUGUGAAUGUCAAAAGAGUAAAUGCUAGUUCUCUAGAUGUGAAUGCCAGUUACUACAAAUAUACUGUAUAUAUUUUGCACUGAUGGAGUUUCAUGUUUGGCUGAAAGCCAGGUACAUGACUUUUAAAUGUUUUCAAGUGCAUUUUACGGUAAUAGAAUAGUACUUAAAAACUUAUGUAAAUAUUAUUCAUUCUCAUCCUCUUUGAAACUACAAAUAGUACUACUUGUGCGUAUAUAUAUGUAUAUAGUGAACAUCUAUUUAUCUGCCCUGGAAAUGGCCAUCAAAAAUUAUUGAUGGUAAUACAGAACAUAAUGUUUUAGGCUGUGCUCUGGUUUGAGAACAAACAGUAGGGUAAGUUGCUUGUACUUAUUUCUUGCUUAUUUAUAGUUUUAAUGAGAACUUUUAUCAUUGCUAGAUAUAUUUACUUACAGAUUAUUAUUAUUAUUUCUUAUAUCAGAAGAAAAUACAGUUUGUAAGUUAUUACUA